AUGACGACCAUACCAGCACGCCUGGCCCAUCGGACCCAAGUCUCCAAGAGUCUCACAGAGGCGUACGCUCGCUCCAGGGCUCUGUAUCGAGACUAUUAUCGAUCAGCACCAGAGAUCUGCGCCUUGUACGCCCUCGACGUACCACCAUCUACCCUACGAGCAAAGUUCAGGACGAAGUUCGAGGCCAACAAUAAGAUCAGAGAUCUUGCAGUUCUAGACCUCUUACUUUUCAAGGGCAGGAUCGAGUAUCAGGAAACUAUGAACGCUUGGAAGCAGGUUCCUCAUAUCAUGAAGUGGUUCACUGAGGAGGAGGCGGCCCCCCGACCUGAGACAUUUCUUGAAAGAUUCUACGCAUCAAGGGACGAAGGCAGGGGCAAUACACUCGGGGGCUGAUGCCUCGAAUUGGCCUCCAUGCAGUGACAUACGUGCUGCUCUACGAAAUUUGCAAUGCAUGCGUGUGUCGAUGGCUCCACGCCUCGUGCUCUCCAGUGACGAAGCUGCAGGUACGGCGACUUUGAGGUGUAUGAAAGACUCAAUUGCACUGUUUGCAUUCCUCUAAGAAUUGAUGUGGUAGUAUAGAGCAGUACUCAGAUAUAUUGCCAUCGAGAAGGACAGACGGCACUCGAGCGGAGCAGUACAUCUACCUUUGGCCUUUUCAGUGAAUUGAGCCGUUAACUGUCGUGCGUGGCAUCACUUUCGCGGGCGCCCUCAUGCCCGCUUCUUUCUCCCCACCUAAGGCAACAGUGUCAUUACUGUCACCGUGAGCAUCAACACCGCCGACGUGGUCUUCAUC